AUGUCUAGUUUGUUAACUGGUUUUGUUGGAGAAAAGCGUGUUCCAUCAGCUCCAUAUAAGCAUCUUCCUGUUCACCCGCUGAUAUCUCCUGCAGUGGACUUUUCGUUUCGUAAUAUCUGCAGAGUUCGACCAUCAUGUGCAAACUGUUUCCCACAGACAUCGGAAGACCUUUAUCAUAACUAUGUCGAUCUAUUUGAUUUUUCCAAGUUUGGUGGGAUGCCGUACCCGAUCCUACCAGGUGCACGUCCUCCUUCGCCGUGGUUUGCAGACUUCCGAUAUACUAUCGUUACUCCUCUACCUCAUUCUUACCCCAAUGUAUAUGAGGAGGUAAUUGCAUCGCGAAGAGUAGCUGCCGUGAUGAAAACUGAAGAAGCCAAAAGUCCGAAUAUCUCGAAAAAGGCCAUCAAGAAGAAAGUUGUGGCAUUUUACUACGAGAUUCGAGCUACUUUAUCACGUUUUAUCUGCAAAAUAUGUGGUUAUCUCCUUUUCAAGGUAUUCCGCCGCCUGAUGACUCGUUUGUUGAUCAGCCCACUGCAGAUGAAACGAAUUGUUGAAGCGGAAAAAACGGGUAUACCACUUGUCUACCUUCCCCUUCACCGGUCUCAUCUUGAUUAUCUCUUAAUCACUUGGACUGCGUGGCACUUUGGUCUUCGAUUGCCCCAUAUUGCUUCCGGUGAUAACCUAAACCUCAGCGGUCUUGGCUGGCUUCUGCGAUCUACUGGAGCGUUUUUCAUUCGAAGGCGCACAGAUGAACACGAUGAAGGGGGAAAAGAUGCCUGCUAUCGGUGGGUUUACAUCACUGUUUAUAAUACCCAUGCCUACCGGUUGCUACCCGUCCUUACUCCUGUGGUAGCGGAAGAAGGAUGGACAUUAUAG